AUGUGGUUUUGCUACUGGUUUGUUAUAUUGGUUUUGCAUGUAGAUUCUCCACAGCGAUGCAUCAGGAGCAUGCAGCGGCAGCAGGGCAUGCGACUCGAUGAGCGGUAUGUUCUGUACUUGCAGAUGACCGGAUUAUACCAUCUUGCGAGGCUGAACUAUAGAUGGUUCUGGUUAGAUGAGCCCCUUGUUAGUGCCUUCGUCGAGCGGUGGCGUCUGGAGACGCACACCUUCCAUAUGCCGUUCGGAAAGUGCACGAUCACACUUCAGGACGUGGCGUACCAGUUGGGGUUGCCAGUGGACGGACGUUAUAUCAGUGGUUGCCUUACAGAUUUCCAGAUAUACAUCCAGGGUGGCCGUCCAGCUUGGGUGUGGUUCCAGGAGUUGCUUGGAGUGAUUCCUCCUCCGAGCCAGGUUCAGAAGUUCGCAGUUAACUGCACCUGGUUCCAGUAG